AUGCGUUCCGCAAUCAUUGUAGGAUCUUUCGCCGCCAGUGCCUUCGCUGCGCCUCACGCCCACGUCCACAAGCGUGAUGUAGUGACCACCGUCGACAUAGUCGUAGUGACUGAUGUCAACUUUGUCACCGUCACUGGCGACGCGCCGGCCGCCCCUUCUGCCCCUGCUGUCACCACCUCAGUCAACAAAGCCGCGGUGCCUUCAUCUUCGAGCGAAGCGCCAUGGUGGUGGAACUGGCACCACUCCUACUCGCAGCCUUCGUCAAGCUCAGCUCCUGCACCAUCCAGCGUCGCGCCAAUCACCACAUCUGUGGCCGUCGCCUCGACUUUCUCGACAUCGACAGUACCAGCUCCGGCACCUCCCAGCUCUACGCCACCUACUUCUUCGGCUGCGCCAACCUCCACUUACGUUGCACCCAGUUCUCAGGCUCCGGCAUCGACAUCGGCUCCCGCUAGCUCUUCCCAGGCUCCAGCAUCAAGCGCUGCUCCUUCGUCCACCACCAGCGGUGACUUGACCUCGUACUCUGGCGUCGCUGUCGCUCACCACAACUUGCACCGCGCCAACCACUCCGCCGAUCCGCUGGAGUGGGAUGCUGGCCUUGCAUCCACUGCUCAGACGAUCGCCGACACUUGCGUCUAUGCCCACAGCAUGGAUGUCGACAACGGCGGGUACGGACAGAACAUCGCUGCUGGUGUCGAGCCCGCAAACAUCUCCGCCAUCAUCACCGACCUUUUCUACAAUGGCGAGGUCGGCUGGUACCAGGACUUGUACACCCAAAAGCAGCCUGAUAUGACCAACUUCGAACACUGGGGACACUUCUCUCAAAUAGUAUGGAAAGGAACUACCCACGUCGGUUGCGCCACUACAGACUGCUCCAAGGGCGGCCUCGCCAACGUUGGCAGCAACGUUGUGCCAUAUUUCACUGUCUGCAACUACAAAGGCCCAGGUAACUACGCCAACGAGUACGGUGACAACGUCGGUGUUCCGCUCAACCAGGCCACUGCUCAGUGGAACACGGGCUCUUCGGUGCAGUAA